AUGGUGGGGGAGGGCCCCUACCUCAUCUCCGACCUGGACCGGCGAGGCCAGCGCAGGUCCUUCGUGGAGAGAUACGACCCCAGCCUGAGGACGAUGAUCCCCGUGAGGCCCUACGCCAGGCUGGCGCCCAACCCCAUGGACGACGCCGGGCUGCUGUCCUUCGCCACCUUCUCCUGGCUCACGCCCGUGAUGGUCCGAGGCUACAAGGGCACGCUGACCGUGGACUCCCUGCCCCCGCUGUCCAAGUACGACUCGUCCGACAUCAACGCCAAAAGACUCCGAGUCCUCUGGGACGAGGAGGUGGAAAGAGAGGGUCCCGAGAGAGCCUCCCUGGGCCGCGUGGUCUGGAAGUUCCAGCGGACCCGCGUGCUGAUGGACGUCGUGGCCAACAUCCUGUGCAUCGUCAUGGCCGCCGUGGGGCCGACGGUCCUCAUUCACCAGAUCCUCCGGCACACCGAGAGCACCGCCAAGAACGUCUGGGUGGGCGUCGGCCUGUGCCUCGCCCUCUUCGCCACCGAGUUCACCAAGGUCCUCUUCUGGGCCCUUGCCUGGGCCAUCAACUACCGCACGGCCAUCCGGCUGAAGGUGGCCGUGUCCACCCUGGUGUUCGAGCACCUGGUGUCCUUCAAGAUGCUGACGCGCAUCUCUGUGGGCGAGGUGGUGAACACACUGUCGAGCGACAGCUAUUCCCUGUUUGAAGCUGCCUUGUUUUGUCCCCUGCCAGCCACCAUCCCCAUCCUCAUGGUUGUGUGCGCGGCGUACUCCUUUUUCAUCCUGGGGCCCACGGCUCUCAUCGGCAUCUCGGUGUACGUCACGUUCAUCCCCAUCCAGAUGUUCAUGGCGAAGCUCAAUUCCGCCUUCCGGAGGUCAGCCGUCUCGACGACGGACAGGCGGGUGCAGACCAUGAAUGAGUUUGUGACCUGCAUCAAGCUGAUUAAAAUGUACGCCUGGGAGAAGUCCUUCACCAAGACCAUCCGAGAUAUACGGAAGAAGGAAAGGAAACUGCUGGAAAAGGCCGGACUCGUCCAGAGCGGGAACUCAGCCCUGGCCCCCAUCGCGUCCACCAUGGCCAUCGUGCUGACCUUCACCGGCCACAUCCUGCUGCGCCACCGGCUCACCGCCUCCGUGGCCUUCAGCGUGAUCGCCAUGUUCAACGUGAUGAAGUUCUCCAUCGCCAUCCUGCCCUUCUCCAUCAAGGCGGCGGCCGAGGCCAGCGUCUCUCUCCGGAGGAUGAAGAAAAUUCUCGUAGCUAAGAGCCUCCCCUCCUACAUCACCCAGCCGGAAGGCCCAGACACUGUCUUGCUUUUAGCAAAUGCCACCUUGACCUGGGAGCAAGGCGCCGGCAGGAAAAGCGACCUAAAGAGAGCGGAGACCCAGAAAAAAAAACGUUUCCUCAAAAGCCAGCGGCUGGAGGCGUACAGCCUGAGCCCGUCGGCCCAGGACCUUGUCGGCCCGGAGGGGCAGGAGGGCAGCUGCAAGGCGGUCCUGCACGGCAUAAGCCUGGCCGUGAGGAAGGGGAAGGUCCUGGGCGUCUGCGGGAACGUGGGGAGCGGGAAGAGCUCCCUCAUCGCCGCUCUCCUGGGGCAGAUGCAGCUGCAGCACGGCGUGGUGGCGGUCAGCGGGACCCUGGCCUACGUGUCCCAGCAGGCGUGGAUCUUCCACGGAAGCGUGCGGGAGAACAUCCUGUUCGGGGCCCAGUACAACCACCAGAGGUACCAGCACACGGUUCGGGUCUGCGCCCUGCAGCAGGACCUCAACGACCUUCCCUACGGAGACCUGACGGAGAUCGGGGAGCGGGGCCUCAACCUCUCCGGGGGGCAGAGGCAGAGGAUCAGCCUGGCCCGCGCCGUGUACUCCGACCACGACAUCUACCUGCUGGACGACCCCCUGUCGGCCGUGGACGCCCAUGUGGGGAAGCACAUCUUCGAGCAGUGCAUUAAGAAGACGCUCCGGGGCAAGACGGUCGUCCUGGUGACCCACCAGCUGCAGUUCCUGGAGUCCUGCGACGAGGUGGUUUUGUUGGAAGACGGGGAGAUCUGUGAGAAGGGCACCCACAGGGAGCUCAUGGAGGACAGAGGGCGCUACGCGAAGCUGGUGCACAACCUCCGCGGGCUGCACUUCAAGGACCCCGAGCACAUUUACAACACGGCGAUGGUGGAAGCGCCCAAGGAGAGCCCCGAGGACAGAGACGAAGGGGCCGUUUCGGCCCCAGGAGAGGAGACAGAGGAAGGAGAGGAAGCCGACACCCACUCGGAGUUCGUGGAUGCCAAAGGUUCUCUGCACCAGCUCGUCCAGCCCGGAGGCCGCCGGGAAGGAACCGUGACCUGGAAAACAUACCACACGUACAUUAUGGCGGCUGGAGGGUACUGCCUGUCCCUCUUCACCGUGUCCCUCUUCCUCCUGAUGAUCGGCAGCUCCGCCUUCAGCAACUGGUGGCUGGGCUUCUGGCUGGACCAGGGCUCCCAGGCGAUCUGCGGGCCCCAGAGCGUGCAGAGCUCGUGCGAGCUGGGCGCCGUGCUGGCCGACACAGGCCACGGCAUGCUCCCGUGGGUGUACGCCGGCAGCAUGGCGUGCGUGCUGGUGUUCGGCAUCGUCAAAGGGCUCACCUUCACCAAGACCACCCUGAUGGCGUCCUCCUGGCUGCACGACCACCUGUUUGACAAGGUCCUGCGGAGCCCCAUGAGCUUCUUCGACAUGACGCCCAGCGGCCGGCUCAUGAACCAGUUCUCCAAGGACAUGGACGAGCUGGACGUGCGGCUGCCGUUCCACACGGAGAACUUCCUGCAGCAGUUCUUCAUGGUGCUGUCCGUGCUGCUGAUCCUGGGGGCCGUGUUCCCCGCCGUCCUGCUCGUGCUGGCCGGCCUCGCCGUGGGCUUCUGCGUUCUCUUCCGCGUCUUCCACAGAGGGGUGCAGGAGCUCAAGAAGGUGGAGAACCUCAGCCGGGCGCCCUGGUUCUCACACAUCACCUCCACCAUGCAGGGCCUGGGCGUCAUCCACGCCUACGGCCGGAAGGGCGACUGCAUCAGCAGGUUCAAGGUGCUGAACGACGAGAACUCCAGCCACCUCCUGUACUUCAACUGCGCCCUGCGGUGGUUCGCCCUGCGGAUGGACGUGCUCAUGAACGUCGUCACCUUCAUCGUGGCCUUGCUGGUGAUCCUGAGUUUCCCCACCAUCAGCAUCUCGUCCAAGGGCUUGUCUUUGUCCUACAUCAUCCAGCUGAGCGGGCUGCUCCAGGUGUGCGUCCGGACAGCGACGGAGACCCAGGCCAAGUUCACCUCCGUGGAGCUGCUCAGGGAGUACAUCUCGACCUGUGUCCCCGAGAGCGCACAGCCCCUCCCAGUGGGCGCCUGCCCGCAGGACUGGCCCAGCCGCGGGGAGAUCACGUUCCGAGACUACCAGAUGAGGUACAGAGAGAACACGCCUCUCGUCCUCGACGGGCUGAACUUGAACAUCCAAAGCGGGCAGACAGUUGGGAUUGUCGGAAGGACGGGCUCUGGGAAGUCGUCGCUGGGAGUGGCCUUGUUCCGCCUGGUGGAGCCCGCUGGCGGCACCAUCCUCAUCGACCAGGUGGACAUCUGCACGGUCGGCUUGGAGGACCUGCGGACCAGGCUGACCGUGAUUCCCCAGGACCCUGUGCUGUUUGUAGGUACAGUAAGGUACAACCUCGACCCCUUCGAGCGGUACACAGACGAGAUGCUCUGGCAGGUUCUGGAAAGGACGUUCAUGAGAGACACAAUAAUGAAGCUCCCGGAGAAAUUAGAGGCAGAAGUCACAGAAAACGGAGAAAACUUCUCAGUGGGGGAGCGGCAGCUGCUUUGUAUGGCCCGAGCGCUCCUCCGGAACUCGAAAAUCAUCCUGCUUGAUGAGGCCACGGCCUCCAUGGACUCCAAGACCGACAGCCUGCUGCAGAGCACCAUCAAGGACGCCUUCGAGGGCUGCACGGUGCUGACCAUCGCUCACCGCCUCAACACCGUGCUCAACUGCGACCUCGUCCUGGUCAUGGACUGCGGGAAGGUGGUGGAGUUCGACAAGCCCGAGGUCCUCGCCGAGAAGCCGGAGUCGGCGUUUGCCAUGCUGCUGGCAGCGGAAAACAAAGUCCAGUUCUGAAGGCCCCAGCAGGGAACACACCAGCUGGUUUUAGGGCGGAGGCAUUGGACGAGCCGGCGGG